AUGGCAUCAACACAACAUUCAUGGGCAGAUAUGGCUGUGACGAGCGAAGUUCCCGUCGACCAACCAAAGGCGGACGUUCAAGACGAAAAACAAAAACCGCAAGAGUCGGAGUAUUACAAAGUUAAAUACGGAGAAUCCGAUUUUGUGUUGAUGUUUUGGAACCCUAACCAACCACUCGAACAGUGGAUGGUGAAAGAUUUAUUAGAAAGCAUUGAUGUGAAACCUCGAGGUAUUCGGGUGGGUCGUACUGGGAAGUGCUAUGCUGACUUUGAAAGUUCUGAGGUGAUGACUCGUGUGAGAUGCCUUGAUGGGAACACAGUUGGUGACGUUGUAGUCACUGUGUCUCCAGUACCUGCUCGUGACGAGCAGAAACCGUUUUCCCCAAAGCCAAGACAAGACGGGGAUAAGCCGAGAAGAGAUGGCCGUCGCGGUGGUGACCGCCGAGAUGAUGGACGAAGUUAUCAAGAGAGAAAGGAGAACCAAGAACGCAGAGACGGGAGAAGAGAAGGUGGCAGAGAUCGCAAUGAAGAAAGAACUGAAGGUGGAGCACAACGGGAAAAGAGAGAUGAUAGAAGAGAAGGUGGAGACCGCAAUGGAGGUUCUUAUUACCGAAGAGAUGAUCGUAGAGAUGGAGGAAGAGACCGCAAUGAAGAAAGACGUGAAGGAGGGCGAUAUGGAGGAUAUCAGAAGCGUGACGAAUACGGGAGAGAUGAUCGCAAACAGGGUUCGCAAUAUGAAGAUCGCAAGUACCAAAGCCACAAGUACACUCCAAAAUUCUCUGAAGAAAAAGAGGUCAAAGCGCCUGAGGCACAAGCGACGACACCAAUAGAGAAACCGGAACAACCAAUUGAAAGUGUGAAAAAGGAAGAAGUUGUAGUUGAGAAGAAAGAGGAGAAGGUCGAGAGUCAACAACAACCGGAGAGACAAGAAAGAAGAGGUUAUGGUGAUAGAAACAACCGAGAACGAGGAUAUGGUGGUGAGAGAGGGGAUAGAAAUAAUAGAUAUGGCGACCGAAAUAAUCGAGAGAGAAGAUAUGGCGAUCAACAGGGAAGAGAACAACACGACGGAAAAGAUCAAAGAGGCGGAUAUAAAAGAGGUGGCGCUUAUAAAAAGUCAAACUAUCAAAACGCAGACGUCGCUGAACCCGAUUGGGGAGACGUGAGAAAGGUAGCGCACACACAAGAUACUCUACAAGCCCCAGUUAUGCCUCAGACCCAAGCGGAGGUACAACAAGUCCAGACACAAAGUAAAGAGGAAAUAGUCGAGAAGACUGCGACAGAAGUCAAACAGCCGAUCCCACAAGAGGCUAAACCUAAAGAACAAGAAGUGCACGUACCUACCCCUUACCCAAGUGGACAUACUGAUGACGACGAAGGGUGGGAACAGACUAAAACCUCAAAAAAGGGAAAAAAGAAAGCAAAAAAGUAA